AACGAUGAGAGUGUUCGGCUGAAGAGCUCUGAGAAUGCUGAUAGUUCUAGUCUUCAGUGUGUGUUCUACAAUAGUGAGGCAGUAGUGACCUGGUUGACUGAGUGUCAGCUGCAGUUCUACACCACUCACCUCCUCAGCGCUGGCUAUGACCUAGACACCAUAGGCCACAUGACCCCCGAGGACCUGACAGCAAUCGGUGUAACUAAACCAGGCCAUCGUAAGAAGAUGACAUCAGAGAUCAGCAAACUGCCGUCUGGUGACUGGCUGCCUGACCACAAACCAGCCAGCCUGGCAGAGUGGUUGUCAGUGAUUGGGCUGAACCAGUACUACCAGGUUCUGGUGCAAAAUGGAUAUGACAACAUCGACUUCAUCACUGAGAUCAGCUGGGAGGAUCUGAAGGAAAUUGGAAUCACCAAGCUGGGCCACCAAAAGAAGAUGAUGUUAGCAGUGAGGAGACUGGGGAAGUUCCAGAGAGGAGAGAGUAUCUCUCAGCCUUCUACCCCUCCUUCUGGCUCUACCCCUCCAUCUGGCUCCACCCCUCCUUCUGGCUCCACCCCUCCAUCCUCCUCCACUCCUCCCCCCUCUACCCCACUCCCCUCCACUGGGAGGGGUCAGAGGCCCCCCCUCACUAAACCCCGGCCAGGGAUUGAGUCCCCAACACACACACCCUCCCCACCUCACACUCCCACCAAGACCCACAAGGCUCAGGCCCACCCCUCCACCCAGCCCCCGCCAGCUGAUUCGCCAGUCCAAGAAGGGAGUGUGUCUGUUCCUUUACUCUGUCUGCCAAUGGAGGAGGAGCAUCGGCGAACUCACAGCCUGAUUGGCUACUCGGGGUACGAAGCCGAUGCCCUCUCGGUUACAGACUUCGCCCCUAGAUACGCCACGGUCUGCCGCAGCAGCUCGGCUCAACGCUCCGACCCCAAUGACGCAACUGUCAACCGCAGCCAAUCAUCAGUCACGCUGCGGCCCAGGAGGAAAGGCCGGCCCCCGACUCCGCCGAAACGGUCGUGUUCCUCCAUCUCCGGGGGCGACGGGCUGGGGGAGGGGGCUGGGGAGGGGCUGGGGUAG